UUCCUUCCAUUUCACAGAUUCGUCUCUCUCUCUUUGCGUGUGUGCAUAUGUGAAUAUUUGCAUGUAUUUACAUGUGCAUGCACCCACCAUCUCUUUCAAGCUACGAUUAUCGCUCCGAUCGUCAGAUGCGAUUACCUUUUCGACUCAAAAAUCGAAUUUCGUCAGCGAUAGAAGAAAAGACAGUAACAGUUUUUCUAAAAAAUCUUAGGAGUUGGCUUCCUCCGUUGGGGAGAUCCUCAGUUAGUAGCUAUAACACAAAGCCAGAGCAAUCAGCAUCCUCAAAUUUGCGUCCAAUAGGGCCGGAAUGUUCAUUCAAGAAGGAACAUAAGAUGUCAUCUCAUUCUAGUCAAUUUAGUUUCGAGAUAAGUCGGAUGCCUGAAAAUCCCCCGAAUAAUUUGGCCCAUCGACGAACUCAUUCUGAUGUUCUUGCCCUUCUGAAUGAUGUUAGCUUUGAUGGUGAUCUAGGCAUUGUAGGUGGAUCGGAUGGACUUUCUGUUUUUGAUGACACUGAAGAGGAUCUGCUGCCAGAGUAUUUUGUUUUGGAUAAGUCCAAUUUGAUAUCUGAGACAAUGGAAGAACUGUCUACUUCUGCAGCAGAUGCAGGUUCUUCAUGCAUACAUCAACGUAAGCUUCAGCACAGCCAAUCCAUGGUUUUAAAAAUUUGUAUCAAAACAGAGAUGGCAAAGCCAGGUUCAGAAAAUCCAUCUUCAGCUGAGUCUGAUAAAUCCAUUUCUGCUGCCAAUCUCGCUGAGCUUGCUCUUACUGACCCAAAGCGCGCAAAAAGAAUUUGGGCGAAUAGGCAGUCAGCUGCAAGGUCAAAGGAAAGGAAGAUGAGGUAUAUUGCUGAGCUUCAAAGCAAAGUCCAGUCCUUGCAAACAGAUAAAGCAUCCUCGUCCAUGCAGUUUGCCUUAAUGCAGGAGGAUACCAAUUGUCUUGCAUCUGAAAAUAUUGAACUCAAACUACAGUUACAAUCAUUUGAACAGCAAGUACACUUGCAAGAUGCUGUAAACGAUGCAUUGAAGGAAGAAAUCCAGCAUCUAAAGGUGCUGACUGGUCAGGCAAUGCUGAAUGGUCCUGCUCCUCCACCCUAUGGAACUAACCAAAACUAUAACACCAACAGCCAUGCUCAACCGUUACAAUAUCAGUUCCGACAGCACCAGCUGGACCAGUUUCAGCCGCGUCAACUGCUGCUCCAUUAGUUGCAAUGCUUGCUCUCGGUGCGUUAGAAACGGAAAGAGGCAUGUUUGUAUAUUCAUUUCUCGGCUUUGUAGGCAUAUUUUGCUAUGUUUAGCUGUAGAAUUUGUUGCAUCUGUUGAGCUCUUAGAUUCUGUAUCAACGCCCCUUGCCGCCCUUAUCUAAGUACGUAGCUUUGAGUACCCAAUUUUUUUUCAUUGUUUUAGCAAAUAUUGAAUAUAAGCAACACAAAGAUUAUGUUGUA